UAAGGGUUUCACGACAGAGUUGAGAACUUGAGAGAGAGAAAAAGAGGGUAAAGAUAAACAAACAAAAAAAGACGUAAUGGGUAAGAACAACACUAAAAUCCUCAUCGCAGCUCUUGUGAUGGUUGUAACCGCUGCGAUGAUGAUUGAAGAAGCUAAGAGUAUUCCCAUAUGUAACGUCAACACAAACGACUUGAAGAAAUGCAGUCCGGCUGUCACUGGAAACAACCCACCACCUCCCACUCCCCAAUGCUGCGCGGUGGCCAAAACCGCUAAUCUUGAAUGUCUCUGCCCUUACUUCACCAGGUCCGGGAUUGACUCAGCAAAAAUCAAGACUCUAGGGGCCAAUUGUGGCAUUACUAAGAAACCCUCCUGUUUGCCAUGAUUUGAAGAACUGAGCUGGACUUGACACAUUCCGGCCUGCCACAAGAUUAAGUCUCUAAGUUAUAAUAUGUCUUUUGUUGUUCUAUUCGAAUAAACCACCAGAUUUUGCAAUUAUUUUUCAGUCACCUUUUCUAAAUAAAAGAACCACGUUCUAUGUACUAAUGAAAAACAAUAAAUUACUGCUUUUGGCUUA